CCGAAUUUUACCGGAAACUGCCGAAUUUUACCGGAAACUCCCGAAAGGGGGGCUCCGGAAAGAGCCGAAGGUUGGCGGGAAGAGCCGAAGCCCCCGCCAUGGAGGUCGCGGGGUUCCCGCUGCUCCUCGGGCUCCUCCAGGUUUUGGGGGCCCAGGGGGGUUGUGUGGAGGUGGCUUCGGGCACCGAGGCCGUGCUGGGGGCCCCGUUCCGGCUCCUCUGCAUCGCCUGCAAACGGCGCAGCGAGACCCCUGCUGAGGCUGAGAGCGAGUGGUUCUUCCGCCCUGAGGGGGCCCCCACCUUCCAGAAGAUCCUGCACUACAACCCCGAGGAGGAGCAGCCCUGGGUGGCCCCGGGCCCUUUCCUGGGGGUGCUGAGCUGGAACGGCUCGAAGGGCACGCGGGACCUGCAGGACCUGUCGGUGGCGCUGAGCGAGGUCGGCCACGCCCACGCCGGGCUCUACGUGUGCCGCCUGCGCCGCAACCUCACCUUCGAGGGCUACACCUACAGCCUGGCCCGCAACCAGACCCUGCGCCUCGCCGUCGUCGACAAGGCCCGUCGUGACCUGGCGUCGAUCGUGUCGGAGAUCCUGAUGUCCCGUGCUGAUUGUGGGCGGGGUUUUUCCUCACGGGUGGGCGUGGCUUAGGAUGAAUGGGCGUGGCUUCUGAACCAGUGGGCGUGGCCUGAGCUCUUUCAUCACCUCCCAAUUCCUCUUCCUUCAGUUUUUAUAUGGGCGUGUCUUAUACUGAGUAGGCGUGGCUUAAACUGACUGGGCGUGGCUUAAACUAAGUGGGCAUGGCUUCUGAUGA